CGCACUAUGCAGACGGUCCCUGGGCCCUGCCUGACGGUUCACUGUGUUCCCCCCUCCCCCACCAGCCGUGCUCCUGUUUCACUCAAAGAUGGCGUCGGCUCUAGAACCCCUGGUCUGUGGCUGCAUUUUUAGGCUUGUUGUUGUCUCCGUUUCGCACUGUUUUGGCACCUUCUCCUCGGCGGCUCGAAACGAAAUCCCGGGUAUAUCAGCUACCGGAGCGCAAUAGGCAGGUGGUCAGUCGUGGUUGCUCCCUGGGGUGAGAUAUCUCUUCCGUCCCAGAGCUUUGAAGCUCAGCCGGCUGGAAGUGUAAAAGACAGUGAGAGCAGAGUAAAGACGAGGACGCGUGGAUGCAGAAAAAAGUCACCAUCCUGUGGAAUGUUAUAAUCUUCACAAAACAUGUACUUUAUGACCCUCACCAUAAUCAUUGAAACACUAAUUUCUCGGAGACCAAAAUCAUCGUUCACAACUCGCCCUGAGAAUUGGCCAGUUUGCCAGUGGCAGGAAACUGACUGAGCAGUUUUGAUUGUCCCUGUAUAGGUACUUUGCGACAGGCAAACACCUUCUUUUUUUUGAAGGCCCUUAUCAUUGACAACCUCUACUCUACCCUACAUUGUGUACAUUGGGAGUUUAAGUUGAGAACAGACCUGCUACUUCCUCCACUCCCCCUGCUUCUUGCCAGGGACCUUCACCUGGCUGGGAGUGGGUCGUGGGUGGACCGCAUUUUACCAGGCGGAGUGUUGGCUCAGGGGGUUUGUGCUAUGGUUAGCUGCUCUUUACCGUGCUGCUCAUACUCAGCUUCUGAGGGACUCUCUGUGCGACCCCAGGACAAGGGAUAAUACGCAGGCAGGGGGCAAAGAGGAGGAGGAGGCGGCGCUACGGCGCAGGCCAGUUGUUUCCUUGGCUUACAAUCCCUUUUUUGUGUGUGGUCAUUGCGGUAAGGUCUCAGGGCCCCCGUACCCACCCAGACCGCAGCCAUGGUGAAAUUGGCAAACCCAAUGUACACCCAAUGGAUCCUAGAGGCCAUCAAGAAGGUAAAGAAGCAGAAGCAGAGACCAUCCGAAGAGCGCAUUUGCAAUGCGGUCUCCAUGUCCCAUGGUCUGGACCGCAAAACGGUUCUGGAGCAGUUAGAGCUUAGUGUCAAGGAUGGUACCAUCCUCAAAGUCACCAACAAAGGUCUAAACUCCUACAAGGACCCUGACAACCCAGGGCGCUUGGCUUUGCCCAAGCCCAAAGGUAGUGGCAGCUCUGGAGGAGGAGGUGGAAGUGGUGGAGGAGGUGGAAGUGGUGGAGGAGGAGUAGGAGGAAGUGGAGGUGGAGGUGGAGGAAGUGGAGGAGGCGGCAGCAGCAGCAGCUCUCACUCCCAUUCGGGGAAGAAACCGGGACUCGACUGGAACAAGUUGAUCAAACGGGCACUGGAGGGGCUACAUGAGCCUGGGGGCUCCAGCUUAAAGAACAUUGAACGCUUUCUCAAGUGCCAGGCUGAUGUGGCAGCCUACUUGUCGGGCAGCGGCUCCAUGGGGCCCGGCCUUUUCCACCAGCAGCUUAGGGUGGCCCUAAAGAGGGCCGUGGCUCAUGGACGCGUGGCCAAGCAGGGUCCUCUGUUCCAGCUCAUCAGCCGCAGCAGCUCCCUGGAUGACGGCACUGGGACGGUGUCUCUGGAGUCACUGCCACCUGUUCGCUUGUUGCCCCAUGAGAAAGACAAGCCGGUGGCUGAGCCCAUCCCCAUCUGCAGCUUCUGCCUGGGCACCAAGGAACAGAAUCGUGAUAAGAGGCCCGAGGAGCUCAUCUCCUGUGCCGAUUGUGGCAAUAGUGGCCACCCGUCCUGUCUCAAGUUCUCCCCAGAGCUCACAGCGCGAGUCAAGGCUCUGUGGUGGCAGUGCAUCGAAUGCAAGACUUGCAGCAGCUGUCAGGAUCAAGGGAAAAAUGCGGACAACAUGUUGUUCUGUGACUCCUGUGACCGGGGCUUUCACAUGGAGUGCUGUGAUCCUCCCCUCACGCGCAUGCCAAAAGGCAUGUGGAUUUGCCAAAUCUGCCAACCCAGAAAAAAGGGAAAGAAGCUCUUACACGAAAAGGCAGCACAAAUCAAACGGCGCUACAACGCGCCACUGGGCCGGCCCAAGAACAGGCCGGGGCGGCCCUUCAAGAAGCUGGGCGGGCGUGGUCGACGGAAGCGCUCAGCCUCCGCCAACUCAUCCUCCAGCUCCUCCUGUGAGGGUUACCCUGGUGACGACCGGCUGCUUUUUUCUAUGCGGGACGAUGACGACGACAUGUCGCAGGGCAGCCUGCGCUUCAACAACAAGACCAAGGGCCUCAUCGACGCCCUCACAAAGUUCUUCACGCCGUCGCCUGAGGGCCGUAAGGCCCGGCAGGAAGUAGUGGACUAUUCACAGCAGUGCCGUAUCCGAAAGAAAGCCAGUCGCAAAGGAGAAGGAGAUGACAGAGGAGACAAUCAGGAAGGCAGCGACUGGCGUGACGAAGACGAGAAACUUCCCGGCCACGAGAACCUGACGGAAAAAGACAUCGAACUGUUCAGACACAUCCAGGAGCUGGCUCUGCAGAAAGUCGGGGUGACGGGUCCACCGGACCCUCAGAUGCGCUGUCCGUCAGUUAUCGAAUUUGGCAAGUUUGAAAUCCAGACGUGGUAUUCCUCUCCCUACCCCCAGGAGUACAGCAGACUACCCAAGCUCUACUUGUGUGAGUUCUGCCUGCGCUACAUGAAGAGUCGCAGCAUCCUCUACCAGCACAUGAAGAAGUGCAACUGGUUCCACCCCCCUGCUAACGAGAUCUACAGGAAAGACGAUGUCUCUGUAUACGAGGUUGAUGGGAAUGUGAGCACAAUCUACUGUCAGAACCUGUGUCUGCUGGCCAAGCUGUUCCUGGACCAUAAGACCCUCUAUUACGACGUGGAGCCCUUCCUUUUCUACGUCCUUACCCAGAACGACGGCAAAGGUUGCCACCUGGUCGGCUACUUCUCCAAGGAGAAGCACUGUCAACAGAAAUACAACGUGUCAUGCAUCAUGAUUCUUCCACAGUACCAGCGCAGGGGCUACGGACGCUUUCUCAUCGACUUCAGCUACUUAUUGUCCAAGUGCGAGGGCCAGCCAGGAUCUCCAGAGAAGCCUCUGUCGGACCUAGGCCGACUGUCCUACAUGGCCUACUGGCGCAGCGUGGUGCUGGAGUGCCUCCACGAGGUCCGCGAUCGGCAGAUCACCAUACGACAGCUUAGCAAGCUGACUGGCAUCUGCCCGCAGGACAUCACCACUACGCUGCACAGCCUCAACAUGCUGGAGCAGCGAGGAGACAGGUUCGUCCUGGUGCGAAGGGAGAAGUUGGUGUCAAACCACAUGGCUCGUCUCAACGCCCGGCCACGGCAGCUGGAUGUCGACCCCGAGUGUCUCCGCUGGACUCCCGUCAUUGUAACCAACACUGUGGUCUCUGAUGCAGAUGACAACGACGAUGAGGAGGACGAAGAACCAGAGGAAGACAACCGCAAGGAGAUCAAACCAAGUCACAGGGUCCCACCAAUGUCCUGGCACAUGCGCCAAGGGAAAAAGAGGGAUGAGGACGAGGACGAGGAGGUAGAAGAGGAAAGAAAGAGCUUGCCGGGGUUUCCCAUUAGCCAAAGCUCUCCAGCUUCCCCUCCCAUUCGCUGUCCACCCUCCGUCCCAGAGCCACCACGUCCCCCUCCCCCAACAAAUGGAGAACGCCGACCGCGAGGGCGUCCACCCAAAAACUGGCCUUGGGGUAAGGUGAAAGACAACACACGGGUGGGACGACCCCCUAAGAUCCGCCCCGUGGAGGACGAGGAUGAUGAGGACGAGGAGAGAACAGAGGGAGGAAAAACCACGAGCUCUGCCUGCAGCCCUCCCUCCCUUUUCUCCCUGGACAGACAUGCAGAUUCCACAGCCUUUCACUCCCUGAACAUGGCCAGGCACCCCUCCAUAACCCCUACACGAAGAGGGCGGCCCCCAAGGAAAAAGAGAGGCCCUAAACCCAGAUUAAUGGAAGGGCCCGGAGAGGGACUAGCACAGCUAUCUGUGGUUUCCAGGUUGAAUGAGUCUCUGCCUGUCAGGAAGAGCUGCUUCAGUGAAAGCAGUGAAGAAGAGGAGGAUGACGAUGACGAAGAUGAUGAAGAGAGGAGGGCAUGCUCCCCACCCAUCCUUACCAAGCCUGCCAUGGGGCUUAAAUGCAAGAAGCCACUGAGGAAGCGUCGCUUUCGCCAGCGGAGCCACCCUCACAGCAGCGUGGUGACGGAGACAAUUUCUGAGACCACAGAAGUGUUGGAUGAGCCCUUUGUAGACUCUGACUCGGAAAGGCCUAUGCCCAGGCUGGAGGAGGAGACGCCCCUGGGCCACCCACUGCACCGCUACCCCCCAGCCCGCUCUGCGCUGAGGUUGUCUGACCCAGCGCCCAAAAGGGGCCGGCACUCCAACCUUACAGAUUCAGAGGAAGAUGAGCUAACACCCGUGCUGAAGCCCGUGGCUGCUCUGCCAGCAACUCCAUCCGAGAGCCUAGUGGCCAACCCAGAGGUCCCAGUCAAGAAGAAGAAGGGCUGGCCAAAGGGAAAGAGCCGCAAACCCCUGCACUGGAAGCAACAAGGACCUGGAAAACCCCCUAGUGGUGGACCAGCCACAGAUAGCCAGGCCCAAAGUGGGGAUCCGCCACCCCCUAAAAUCAAGAUGAAGCCUGGCCGCAAGCCCCGGAGCUGGUAUCUGCAGCGGGCCCAGGAGGAGGCAGAGCGGCAGGAGCAGGAAAGACAAAGGCUGCUGGAGCAGCAGCUGGACAAGGAUCCUCAGCUAAUCCAGACAGAAGACCGCAACAGCAAGCGAGUCUGCAGAACCAACACUGACAGAGAAAACAAACCGAAAGACUCUGAUGAAGAAGAUGACUAUCUUCCAAAGCCUGUUGAGCAGAAAGUACCCAGGAGGCGAGGGAGACCACCCAAGAACCGUGCCCUCCUCCAGCCACCACAGUCUGCCCCCAAACCCCCUCCCACCUCUGAACCUGAGGAGGAAGAGGACGAGGAGACUGGAAGGGCCUGGGUGGAAGAGAAACCCAGCCGUCCACCGUCCCGGGCCCGACAGUCCCGGCCUCAGGACACAGAUAUGGGUGACAGGGAAGAGGACGAUGACGAUGAGGAGAGGGAGGGGGAGGAAUGUAGCAGUGUAUCUGGGAGACGAGCGGCAGUUCCUCCAGGUUCAGGAAGCAGGCGCAGUGAAGACCACGACGCAGACGAUGAAGGCGAUGGGCACUUGGAGGACAAGAGCAACGGCAGCAACAACAGCAAGAAAAGAAAAAGUCAGGACUCUGAAGAUGAAGAGGAUGAUGAUGAGGAGGAGGAGGAGCCUGCCUCCCGUGCAAGCUCUCCCCCUGUCAAAGAAGAACCCCAAGGUGGAGAGGCUUUUUUAGACAUGGAGAACAGCAUGGCCCGGGACUAUGUCAGCAAGCAGGAGGAGGAAGACGAGGAGGAGGAGGAGGCUGAGGAGGAGGCACAGGAGAACAAGUGUAGGCCCUCCUCAGCCGACCCGCAGCAGGAGGAGAGGCGGCGCAGAGAGCAGGAGGAGUCGGCUGCAGCAGCUGCUGCACUGGAGACGGUCACGGCCAUGUCUGUUCCCUCGGAGCCCCUGGAGCUCCAGUCUCUGCACCCAGACGAUAAGGACGUCACGCUGCUGAUGGAGCCCCAACACACACAUCCACACGCCCACCCUCACCAGCACUCUGACUUCAAAGAGGAGCUGGGCCAUCAUCACCCGCACCACCCCCAUCACCACUCCAAUGAGCUGGACCUUGAGACUAUGCAGGCCGUCCAGUCCCUGACCCAGGGGGAAGCCCAGGACGAAGAGACGGAACCCCAGCCACACCACGGGGCCUACCAGGACUGUGAGGAGACACUAGCUGCCUGCCGCACCCUGCAGAGUUACAGCCACACAGGGGAGGCCGAGGAGGAGGCUCUGGCCCUGGUGGAGGAUUGUGGGCCCUCCCAGCACAGCAGCCCCCUUGGUAAUCCCCCAGUGCAGCCCCUGCCGAGUCAAUCUGUGCGCUCGGUGAACAGUCCAGGGGUGCCCUCGGGCAUCUUGGACACAACACCAGCAGGGCAGAGGGGAGGGACGCCUGGCCCCACAGGGGCAGUGGGCAGUGGUGGAGGUAGUGGAGGGGGGUACACCCAGAUCACGCCAGAGCAUCCCAGUUCCCUGUCAGCCCCCUCCCAGCAGAGCAUGGAGACGUCGCCAAUGAUGGAUGUGCCGUCCGUGUCGGACCACUCGCAGCAGGUGGUCGACAGCGGCUUCAGUGACCUCGGCAGCAUAGAAAGCACCACCGAGAACUACGACAACCCCAGCAGCUAUGACUCUACCAUGGGGGGAGGGGGUAAUGGAACAGGGAAUGGCGGCAACGGAGGCGGAAUGUCGGCUGCUGUAGUUGCGGGAGCUUCCACGGCUUCCUCAUCAUCAGCCUCCUCUUCUUCAAGCUCCGCCCCUCCGUCCUCCCAGUCUAACAGCUGCUCCUUCGUGCCAGCCCCCAGCCUCACCUCUUCCACAGGAACGGGAGGAUCCCAACUAGCAAUGGGUAGCUGCAGCCUUAUCCAGCAAACAGGAUCAGGACCCAACAGUGGACCCGGUGCCAGUAACGUAGGCAGCGCUGUGCCCCAGCCCCCGCCACCGUCACAGCCGUCCAACACCCCCAGCUGUGGCAUUAAGUCCCCUCAGAGCUGCGGUGUGAUCGAGAGGCCUCCCAGCACCAACCAGCAGCAGCAGCAGCAGCAGUCCCAAAAAAAGGUUCCUCAGCAGCAACAAGCCCCAAACCCCCAGCCUCCACCGUCGGCACCACCCCCACCACAGCAGCAGCAGCAGCAGCAGGCCCUGUCGCAGUGUAGUAUGGGAAAUGGCUUCGCCUCCACACCCAUGAUCAUGGAGAUCCCUGAGAGUGGAGGCGGAGGAGGGGGCCGAACCCUGUAUGAGCGCAUGGGUCAGGACUUUGGCACAGGGGGCUACCCCCAGCCCUCAGCAACCUUCAGCCUGGCCAAACUGCAGCAGCUCACAAACACCAUCAUGGACCCUCAUGCCAUGCCCUACUCUCAUUCAGCCUCCGUCACCUCUUACGCCACCAGUGUUUCUCUCUCCAACCCCGGGCUGGCACCUUCACCCCACGCCCCCCUCUCUCAGGGCCAGCCCACUAUGACCCCGCCUCCUAACCUGAGCUCUGGCUCCAUGAACCUGGGCUCCCUGCAGCUGCAAUGCAACAUGCCCACCACUAACAUCGGCCUGGGACCCCCGCCGCACACGCAGCGACUACAGGGCCAGAUGGCUACGGUCAAAGGCCACAUAUCCAUCCGGUCCAAAGCCACUCAGCAGCUGGCCCCGGCCCCGCACCAGCAGCAGCUCUACGGCCGCAGCUCAGGGGCCGUGGCCAUGCAGGGCACCCCGCGCACCCUGGCCGUGCAGCGCGGCAUGAUGCCAAACCUCAUGCCCACGCCAGCACCGUACAACUCCAUGAACAUGACGCCCCUCAAUGCCAUGUCUGCCGGCUACCGAAUGCCUCAGCCCAUGAUGAACAGUGGUUACCACGGGAAUCCCCCUUACAUGAAUCAGCCAGCUCAGUACCCCAUGCAGAUGCAGAUGGGCAUGAUGGGAGGGCAGGGUUACCCGCAGCAGCCUAUGCAGCCCAAUCACCACGGUAACAUGAUGUACACUGGCCCCUCCCAUCACAGCUAUGCGGGUGUCCCCAAACAAUCACCGUACAUGAGCAGAUGAGCAGCCAAGAACUGAGACAAGGAGACAUGAGGCCAGAGCUGAACCUCGCUGUACUCUAAAUGUCCAUUACCCCCGUUCACCCCCUCCAGUGCCACGGCAGGCACCAGCGAGUGGAGGUGGUCGGAGACAGAGGGGGUCUUUGGGUUUCCUGUUUUUCUAUGUUGUCAUUUCGUCCCUUUUUGUUUGGGCUCGUUUCUCCACCCCUCCCAGCUGGCUGUGUGAGGGAGCAAGCCGGCGGGGGUCCCGGGUUCGGGGGUGUACAUGGACCUCUGUUGUGCCAUGCAGCUUCCGGCCAGGCCUGCUUAGUCCUGUCAUGUGAUUUCACACAGGCCCGGGGGACUCCUCCACAUUAUGACGCGCAGGAGGAGAGCCGGGGAGGACAAGACAGACGAGGAAGAUACACAGAGAAAGACAAUACAGGAGUACCUCGCUUUGUCAGACUGCGUAUGAAAACAGUGGUUAACUGAAUAUAUUCAACCAUGCACACAAUCUGUUCAUUGAUAUAGGAAGCCUUACCUUGAAAAAAGAGACGAUGAAACAUUGUAGGCCGAUUCUCGUUUUUGUUUUGUUGAACAUAAUGUUGGGUCUUAUUUUUGUUGUUGUUGUUUUUGUUGGAUUGUUUUUUCUAAAUACUUGUGUGCAGCCCGUUCUCUUAUAUGCUUUGGUCUUUAUAUGUGUGCCAUUCUGAACUGGUGAGACAUCCUCUCGCUCUCUCAGAAAUACCCAGACUUCUCUGUCGGCCAGCUGGUCAGAAAAGCAUAGGAGCGGGGCCUCCGGUGUUUAAGGUGUUGAGCUGUUCCAGAGUCUCCGUCUUCCUGAAUGGACCUUGUGGUACCAAAAACAACAAAGGCACAAAGAGACGGGCGCGUUGGUGUCUAUUCAGUGUCCAUAAAACAAACAAGUAGCAUUAUUUUCCAGUUUUCCGCUGCCACUCUGAAACGUUUUAGAUGUAAAUAUUCUGGUACUUCCCAAUAUCCAGUGCAAACACACACACACACACACACACACACACGCCAGCUAGCUGUUGUCAAUUGGCGGCUAGCUUGGUAAAGUACAACAUUCAGCUGUUCUUAUCCACAGACCACCAACAGACGGUGUACUAUUUCAGCCUUUUUUUAGCAGUUUAGUGAACGCAGAACAAACGGUGGGAUUUCCAUUUCACUGCUCUAAGGACAGUCAGUUACCCAAAGCUGACCUCUCCUCCUUAAGUGUUAGUGACCCAAAGAGGUCCACAGGUGUCUGCUUCUCAAUGGUGUAUUCUGUUAAAACUGUUUUUUUUUCUUCUCUGCAAAAUUCUGCACUCCAACUGGCUAGAGAUACGGCAGUAGACAGUUAGCCUUUAUAAAAGGUGUGCCUAAAUGCCUGGUCUAGUGCACGGUUUGGCCCUCACAUAGAGGCCCACUCAUAGGAGAGCAGGGUCCGGGGUGAGACAGAGUUCGGAUCCUGUUGGUUGUGGCGGUGCAGCCGGCAGGGCUGAAACCGUAGACCUUGUUGCUCCAUGUACCAGUAUUCAAAGUCAAAAGAGGAACUUUCAUUUUCUUACAGACCUGACACUGCAUACUUUCUUUGUGUGUAUUGUUCUGUUCUGUACCUUUUUUAUGUUGUGUUUUUUUGUUUCUUUCUGAAUUUUAUCAGACUGGGCAGCUUUCUUUUAUGACACAAGCUGACUCUUUUUGACUUUAGAAAACCUAUUGUAGAGAAAAUGUUUUUUCUAUAAUAUAAAAGGAAACUCUGACAUUGAUAUUGGUACUGUCAUUUUUUUCACUUCUGUUUCAGGAAAAAACAACAAAAAACAAGACCUAUUUUUUAGCUCGCCUCUUGGGUAAUAAUUACUAAGAAAUUCAAAAUUUAAAAAAAUUACCACUCACUUUUAGUGACUUUAAGAUGCCUUUAACCUCUCCAUUCCAUCUCAUCUCUAGAGUUUUUCUAUCUUGUGUAGUAUAUUAAUGCUAUUUUAAACAAAAGGACUACAAAUAUCUAAAGGUCACUUGGAAUUCUUCUUUUUUCUUCUUUUUUUUUUACUUGUGUGUGUAUAGGAUGACUUCCUUACAUUUAAGAGGCAUGUAAAAAAAAAAAGGAGCUCAGUAUAUUUCUGUCUGUUUAUAUCGCUUCCCUUUUUGUAUCCUUUGUAAUUGUACAUGUUGCGUUGUAUGCUAAGAGAGAGCGCAAAAUAAAGAGAGGAGUGACAGCUGGGCACACAGGGAAGGUUGAUUUGCGCUCAGCGGCCUCAACUCUACGCUGUCCCUGGAUGUAUUUCCAUUAAUUCUGUUUUUGUUUUUUUGUUCUUUCUUUCUUAGCAAGUACUUUCAAAGAACUCUGUACAUUUUAACAUAAAAUGAAAAUAAAUUAUGUUGAGCCAUU